GACGGCCUGUGACUGAAAGGGGAGAGUCCGGCCAUCCUGAGAGGAGCCUGCGGGUCCGGGGCGGCAUGGAGGGCAGUCUGGGCCGGGCCGUGUGCGUCCUGACCGGAGCCUCCCGGGGCUUCGGCCGCAGCCUGGCCUCGCUGCUGGCCGGGAAGCUGACCGCCGGCUCAGCGCUGGUGCUGAGCGCCCGCAACGGCGAAGCCCUGCAGAAGCUGUCGGCCGAACUGGAGGCCAAGUGGCCGAGCCUGCAGGUGCUGUGCGUGCCGGCCGACCUGGGCAAAGAGGCCGAACUGCAGCAGCUGUUGGAGGCGGUGCGGGCGCUGCGCCGGCCGGAGGGCUUGCAGCGGCUCCUGCUCAUUAAUAACGCUGGCACCAUAGGGGAUGUGUCCAAAAACGUUGUGGAUUUUGCUGACGCAACAGAAGUCAAUAACUACUGGGCUCUUAAUGUGACCUCCACUCUUUGCCUGACCUCGGGGGUCCUCAGAGCCUUCCCUGACAGCCCUGGCCUGAAAAGAACUGUGGUCAACAUCUCGUCCCUCUGUGCUCUGAAACCCUUCAAGAGCUGGAGCCUCUACUGUGCUGGCAAGGCUGCCCGGAACAUGAUGUUCAAGGUCUUGGCAGAGGAAGAACCCAAAGUGCGGGUGCUGAACUAUGCCCCAGUCAAGUCCAUCUUCCGCUCAGCUCCUGAAGAAGCGACCUUCCUGCAGACAAGUCUGACCACGUCAGCCCCCUCCAGCACCUGCCCAUCGCCUUCGGGUGAUCCGGCCCUCUGCUGA